GUGAUCGCUGAAGCCGCCGCCGCCGCUGCUGCUGCUGAAGUUUCUAUGAUGGCGGCCAGUAAUUAUUAUGGAUUCACACAUGCAGCUGCAGCUGCUGCCGGCCCGCAGUACAGCGCUCAGCCGCCUCCAGCCUAUUCCCACCCAACCACGGGCAGCUAUAAUGUCCAGCCCGCACCCGGAGUGGCUCAUGCGGUGACGGCAUCAUACCCUGCACCCACUGCCCAGCCGGCACGUCCUGCAGUAACGGCACCGUACCCCACCUACCAGCCCCAUCCGGCUCCAAACUAUGGCUACCGUCAACCUGAGACGACCCCGCAGCCAACCACCACUCCUCAAACAUACCAGGUGUUGACUGAACCGGAGAAUUAUACAUACGGGCGACCACCGCCUGUCAGCAGUUAUGAGAACAAGCAGUACUUUCAAACCAGCAUUGCACCAGCGCAACGACCCGCAACAGAGGCCUACUUCCAGACAGGUCUUAAAAGCGCCUACAGUCCGGCGAGCACCGCAUACAACCAGCCACCAGUUCAAAGACAGGUGGCGGCUCUGAAACCUCCGCCCGCUGUGAGCUCUGUAUCUUCCAGCUACACCAUCUACCCCACAUCCACCAGCGUUCAGCAAAGCCCAGCGCCCAUCUCCACUUACACCCCCAGCUCCUCUUUCAACUCCACAGCUGCUACAUCUUACUCCGCUGGUCUCAACUAUUCCAGCUAUGACUCUAGCGGUUACACGUCUACACCCUCGUACUAUCAGCCGGCUCCGUGUGCUCCGCCGCAGGCCCAGCCCCAGCCGCCUCUGCAGCCGCCGCAGCAACAGCCGCAACCACCACCACCACCACAGCAGCAAACACAGCAGCCGCCCAAACAGCUCGCUAAUUCCUCCUGGAGCAACAGCGGUGGCAGCAGCGUCUCCAGUCCUGCUGUCAGCUCAUACAGGAAGCCGGUUUUCCACCAGAACAAGAUACAGAAGCCUAAAGGUCCACCGAAACAGCCGCAGCUGCACUACUGCGAUAUCUGCAAGAUCAGCUGCGCCGGUCCACAGACUUAUCGGGAACAUCUGGAAGGGCAGAAGCACAAGAAGAAAGAGGCGGCUCAGAAGAGCGGCACUCAGGUGACCAAUGGCCCUCGUGGUGUCCAGACGCAGUUGCGCUGUGAACUGUGUGACGUCUCGUGCACCGGCACCGAUGCUUAUGCUGCGCACAUUCGUGGAUCCAAACACCAAAAGGUGGUGAAGUUGCACACCAAACUUGGCAAACCCAUCCCUUCCACGGAGCCGGUUUUAGUGAGCUCCACUCCUGCUGCAAUGACGACAACCACUAGUAAACCAGCGGCGUCGACUUCUUCCACUCCUACAUCAGCGGCGCAGAAGAUCCAGACAGCGGCUCCACCCAAACCUGUGGCAGCUCCUGUCAAAAAACCACCACCUGCUGUUUCCGCUGCUAAAGUUCCUGCUGUUGUCAGUAAACCGUCCACACCAGUUGUGGUGAAGAUGGAGGAGGUGAAGCCACCUGUGGUCAAAACAGACCCUUCCAGUGACGACGAGGACGCAGAUGCUACAGGACCUCAGGGAGACAUCCAACCUGUGGGACACGAUUAUGUUGAAGAGGUUCGUAAUGAUGACGGAAAGGUGAUUCGCUUUCACUGUAAACUGUGUGAAUGCAGCUUCAACGAUCCCAACGCUAAAGACAUGCAUCUGAAGGGACGCAGACACAGACUGCAGUACAAAAAAAAAGUGAACCCAGACCUCCCUGUGGAGAUCAAGCCGAGCAAUCGUGCACGGAAACUUCUGGAGGUCAAGCUGCGCAAACAGAAGCAGAAAUCAGUGCUGAAGAGACAGCAGGAGGACGAGCAGCGCUGGCACAUGGAGAUGAGCAGGAGGUACGAGGAGGACAUGUACUGGAGGAGGAUGGAGGAGGAGCAACUCUACUGGGCAGAGCCGAGGCGCAGGAUGGCCCCGCCUCCUCUCAUGGGCCGGCCCAGCAUGCCAGUGCCACCUCUAUUGCCCGUGCGAAGGCCUGAUUCACCCGAUGACCGGCACAUCAUGGCCAAACACUCCGCCAUCUACCCCGUGGAGGAGGAGCUGCAGGCGGUGCAGCGGAUCGUCUCUCAUUCUGAGCGCGCUCUCAAGCUGGUCUCUGAUACGCUGCUGGAGAAAGUGGCCUGUGCUGAUGACGACGAAAGCGAGACUGACAAACAGUCGGAGACUCAGUCUCGUACUCUUAAAGGAGUGAUGCGGGUGGGAAUCCUGGCUAAAGGUCUGCUCCUGCGCGGAGACCGUGACGUUCAGCUAAUCCUGCUAGCGGCUAACAAACCCACCGUUUCUCUUCUAAAGACAGUAGCGGAGCAACUGCCCAAACAGCUAGCUACCUUUUCUGAAGAUCAGUAUGAGGUGCAGGUACACCCUGAGGAAGCCAACAUCGUCAUUUUUUCAAGCAAGGAACCAAAAAUGCAGGUCACCAUCUCUCUUACCUCGCCAGUGAUGCGUGAAGACCCCGUCCUGAACAUGGAGAAAGUGUCAGAGAAAGACCCUCCGGAUCUUCUGAACAGGAUCAAGUGCCUUGAGUAUUUAGCAGCUCUGCGACAUGCUAAAUGGUUUCAGGCUCGGGCUAAUGGUCUUCAGUCUUGCGUCAUCAUUAUUCGGGUUCUGCGGGAUCUGUGUCAGCGCAUACCAACAUGGGGAAAGAUGCCAGACUGGGCCAUGGAGCUGAUUGUGGAGAAGGCCAUUAGCAGUGCGUCUGGACCGCUCAGUCCUGGAGAAGCUUUGCGGAGGGUCCUCGAAUGCAUCGCCACCGGGAUUCUCCUGCCAGAUGGUCCUGGUCUUCUCGACCCAUGUGAGAAAGGUCAGACGGAUGCUCUGGGAAGCAUGUCGAAACAGGCUCGUGAAGAUGUAACCGCUAGCGCGCAGCAUGCAUUACGACUGCUGGCUUUCCGUCAGAUCCAUAAAGUCCUCGGCAUGGGCUCAUUGCCGGUGUCCAAAGCUGCCGCUCGAAACCGCAAAAGACGCCGUGACGGCAGCGACGUCGGUGAAGGAGAAGCAGACGGAAAAAAGGACAAAAAAGAUGAUUCCAACAACCCCUGAGACGUCUGCGUAAUCUCUGAAACCUUUCAAAAUGUAUAAAUAUCACUCAAAAGAGGAAAGAAAAAAGCAACACACAAUGGUUCUGUUUUUUGAAAAAUGACAAGUGACGGAAAUAACUUGUAUUCGUUCCCCUUUUAUGAUGUAAUACCUUUUUAUUGCAUCUGAGCUGAAAAUACGCUCUCGAAAUUGGAUUUAGUUUUCAGCUAAUCAGAUGACGAUGAUUGAACGUCACGCUACUAUAAUAUAAACCGUUAUUGAAAGUCACAUUAGUUCUAUUAGGCACUUUUACGUAAUAAAGGCACUUAAUUAAAAGCUUUAAUCAUCCUGACGCAGGCCAGUCUCUAUUAUGUUUACAUAAGCAUUUCAUUUCAAAUAUAUAUAUAUAUGAGUGGGGCCCAAAAGUCUGAGAGCAGAGAUAAUUUUUUUUAGUUAAACCUAUGCUUUAGGAUUGAAAUAUAUGUGAAAUGCAUAUUAUAGAAUUAUAUUUCCGAUUCUGCACAUUGAAAACAAAGUGAAGGUGAUGUUAAAUAUUUAAAACGGACACAAAAACACAUCUAAAUAAAAGUCAACGUCUCAGACUCUUGAAUCCCGUAUAAAUACAGAAAUCGGUUUUAUGUGAUAAUAUUAUUAUAAUGAAUUCUGUAAGGAUUUCAUGCAAAUAAAUUAGUUUCUCUCUAUACUGUGUAUCUUAAAAUGGUUUUAAAAAUGCGUAGUUCCUAGUAUUCACUAAUAAUACGCUGUUAAACGUCACGAUUCAGCUUUGUGUGGUCGUCUAUUAACCCCCGACACUGGAUUUCUACACGUUUAGCGCAAAAUAAAGACAUCUCCGCUAUCAUUAUUUUGAAUUGCAUACUGAAUAAUCGCUCAUUUCACGGCAAGAUGCUGGCGUUUCGACAGGGUAUCGAGAAGUCGUUCUUCAGCGAACGACGCAAUGUUAAAAAUAUAUAUAAAAAAAUAAGUCUGUGGUUCUUCACACGUGCCUGCGGUAAAGAUUUAAAGUACUUGAAAUGUGAACGACGAGGCGAAGACGUGCGGUUCUUCAUAUUGCAAUAUAAUAUAAUGUAAUACCUCUCUCUAUUCUUACAUUUUUAUAUAAAUCUUGAUGUGAGAUGCGCAGAAAAGAUUGCUGUUAGUUGACUUGAUUCUUCAUAUCGCUUGGAUUUGCGUUUCCGCACACCCGUUUUUACGUACAAUGCGACAGUUUCCCGCCAUUUUUAGAUGUUCCUGCUGAGUGUUUGUUGUCAUUUUUUUUUGUAGGACUGUGAAUAAUUCUAGCGUGAUCCUUCAUUUGGAAUAUCUGUGUAGUGCUGCAUAACGAAAUAAACAGAGAAACACGG